AUGAUGUUGUCAAUUUUAAAAGUGGGCUGUGGCACCGGGGCCAAUUUCAAGUUUUACCCACAUGGAUGCAGGGUGACCUGUAUUGACCCCAACCCCAACUUUGAGAAGUUCUUGAUCAAGAGCAUCGCGGAGAACCGGCACCUGCAGUUCGAGCGCUUCGUGGUGGCUGCCGGGGAGAACAUGCACCAGGUGGCCGACAACUCCGUGGACGUGGUGGUCUGCACCUUGGUGCUGUGCUCGGUGCAGAACCAGGAGAAGAUCCUCCGGGAGGUAUACCGAGUGCUGAGGCCGGGAGGAGCUUUUUAUUUCAUGGAACAUGUGGCAGCCAAGCCUUCGACCUGGAACUACUUCUGGCAACAGGUCCUGAAUCCUGUCUGGUUCCUUCUGUUUGAUGGGUGCAGUCUGACCAGGGAAAGCUGGAAGCCGCUGGAGCGGGCCAACUUUUCUAAGCUGAAGCUGCAACACAUACACGCCCCGCUGACCUGGGAGCUGGUGCGGCCGCACAUCUUCGGAUAUGCUGUGAAGUAG